GGAAGUCACGGGGCGGAUCGAGGGAGGCGUGGUCUCCGAAGUUCAUGGCGCGGCUGUUGCUAGUACCCGACCUAUUUAUGCGGCCUCCGGGCGGCCAACUUUGGCGUCUCUUGCCUCGUGGACUCGGGCUUUGGGGCCCGGCCGAGGAAGCCGCGAGAGUGUUGCUGAGGCAGUUCUGCGCGCGGCAGGAGGAGGCGUGGUGGGGUUCGGGACUGGCUGGCAGGUGCCUGGGAAGCCGGCCCCUCAGCACUGGAGUGCCACCAACCCCCGGGUUGCCAGGGCCAGAGCAGCAGGGCCGCAGAGACCCCACGCGCCCCUCGAAGCCCGGGCCUGUUUCCUGGAAGUCUUUAGCAGUCACAUUUGCUAUUGGAGGAGCUUUAUUGGUUGGAAUGAAGUACUUCAAGAAAGAAAAGGAAGAAAAGCUGGAAAAGGCACGGCAUCGAAGCAUUGGAAAGCCUUUACUUGGGGGCCCUUUUUCCCUCACAACUCAUACAGGAGAACCUACAACUGAUAAGGACUACCUGGGACAGUGGGUACUAAUUUAUUUUGGUUUCACUCAUUGCCCUGAUAUCUGUCCAGAAGAACUAGAAAAAAUGAUUCAAGUUGUGGAUGAAAUAGAUGAUAUUCCAUCUCUGCCAAAUUUAACUCCACUUUUCAUCACCAUUGACCCGGAGAGGGACACAAAAGAAGCCAUCGCAAAUUAUGUGAAAGAAUUUUCUCCCAAACUGAUUGGCUUGACUGGCACAAAAGAAGAAAUUGAUCAGGUGGCCCGUGCAUAUAGGGUGUAUUAUAGCCCUGGUCCAAAGGAUGAAGAUGAUGACUACAUUGUGGAUCAUACAAUAAUAAUGUACUUGAUUGGACCAGAUGGUGUGUUUCUAGAUUAUUUUGGCCAGAACAAGAAGAAUGGAGAAAUAGCUGGUUUAAUUGCUGCACACAUGAGGGAACACAGGAAAAAGAGCUAGCCAAACCAGCACUGCAGGAUGCAGUAUUCUCUUGCUGAAGAGGAAGGAAGCUUUGUCUCCCAUAGGAGCCAACAUAUAUAUGCAACCUACAGGAUGACCUUUGUACUAUGAGAACAUCUCCAUUUUGGAUGGGAUGUUAACCUUGGGUUGAGCCAAAAUAGAUUCUUGGAAAUGUAAAAAUUAUCACCUGAAGUCUUCCAAGUAGCUUUGGUAAGACCAGAUUAAAGUGCAGUGAAGAGCGGGCCUUGAGGAAGGCACAGCAGGGAGCGGCACAGCCAGUGCUUUUCCCCUGGUGAACAGGCCCCCAGACAGCUUCCCUCCCUCUCCAGUGUGUUGGACCAUGCUCAUACAGGUGAUGGGACUGAAUUGUGCAGAAAAGAAUGUAAUUCCCAUAGUGCUUUAGCUUUCCUCUUCUUGAAUUCUUUGCUCUUAAGUUCCUGGUAGCUGAAAACAGUCAAGUUACAAUGGGUUCUCUGCCAUUCAGAGUUAAUCUUUAUACUUGAAAGUUUAAGUUUUGUCUUCCUUGUUCAUGAAUAUCAUUGUCAGGUUUGCCUUUAUGCCCUGUCAGCAGGUACUGAUUUGAUUAACGAAGGGGAAAUCUAUUGUUUGGAGAAAACCUUUAGUCCACUUUCAGUAGGGGUCUUUAAGUUUUAAGUAAAUGUGCCCAAUUUUCAAUGACAAACCAAAUGGAAAUAAGAAGAUACUGAUUAUAAGUGUGAUACAGAGUAUUUUUUUGCAUAUAGGAGAUUGCACUGCGUGUAAA